AUGGGGUUCCUAAAUGCUCUGAAACGGCACACUCCGGUAGAGAGCUUCAGCGAGAACAGCACUGCCAGCAUCAUCGCCAGACGGCGGCGGUUCCACAGACUGACCCAGGAACUGUACGAGCUCCCGGUGGUGGUGUGGGAUGACGGGGAACCUGUCCUGAGCAGCACCAGUACCCUGACGCUCAGGGUGUGUUCCUGCCAGAGAGGCACCAGACUGAAGAUCUGCCAGGGUGAAGCGUUCCUCUCCUCCGCAGGGCUCAGCACGGGCGCUCUCAUAGCCAUUCUGCUCUGUGUGCUGAUUUUACUGGCCAUUGUGAUUCUAUUCAUUACGUUGCGUCGAAGCAAAAAGGAGCCGUUGAUCAUCUCAGAGGAGGACAUUCGUGAGAACGUGGUGACGUACGACGACGAAGGAGGUGGAGAGGAGGACACAGAGGCCUUUGACAUCAUCGCCCUUCGGAACCCAGCCGCCGCCGAGGAACUCAAGUUCCGCCGGGACGUCCGGCCCGAGUGCAUUCGGCCGUGGUCUUCACGGAGACUGGCCCGCGGCCGUCUCAGCCCCUCAUCCCUGGAUAUCGAUGAGGAAAUGGAGGUCGGGGAGUUUAUCAAACAGAGGGUGGCCGAGGCAGAUCAGGAUACUAGCGUACCACCCUACGAUUCUUUACAGACCUAUGCCUACGAGGGUCAGGGGUCACCAGCAGGCUCCAUCAGCUCGCUUGGGUCGGCUGGAGCACGUUCCGACCUGGACUACAACUCUCUGGAUGACUGGGGUCCAAAAUUUGAGAAAAUAGCAGAACUUUAUGGAGAGGAAGUUGAAACAGCAUCCGAAUCCACUGAAAAGGCAGAGUCGGAGAAGCAGACAUAAGUAUUUGUCAAUGUCAAAGAAAAGUAUGAACAAAAAAAAGACAAAAACAACAACAAAGAAACUUCUCUUUUUCAACAUCCGCCGUCAUGGUUUCAUCAGUACAAUGAGACGCUCUCGGACUGCUGCGUGCCGUAACUCUUCAGCUGUAAAGUCAGACUGACUGCCUUUUUUCUCUUGUUUCUUUUGGAUGUUCGGAGCUCUGAAUCCCAACAAGACAAGAAUGAUUUUGAAAAGAAAAUCUAAUUUAAAAAAAAUAAAAAUAAAUACUAAUGAAAAUAAGGAAGCUAUUUUAACUGGUGUAUAUUUUUUAUUGCUCAAUAAAAUCCUGGAUUCCUGACACAUGAA